UCCUUCUUCAGGACUCCACAGGACCCACUGGUUACUGUUUCCCUGAUCGUCCACACACACACACACACACACACACACGCGUGCGCACACACACAAACACACACACACACACACACACACACACAGCAGUUCACUGGCUUUUUCAGAAACUACAGCUGGAUACUGGGGGAUUUUUGACAUCUACACAUAAGCACGACUGAUAUUUGGUGUCAAAACAGUCCUGCUGAGCUGGUGAUGUGCUCCAUGUAGACACCUCCUCAACCCGACGAGCGUCUGUGCCCCAGCUGGGCCUCAAGCAACAUGCAGAGCGAUGCUUCACGAGUCCUGGCUGCAGUGUUCCUACUUUACUGGAUUCCACCUUGUGUGUGUCACUCACCACCAGGACGACCCAAACUUACAGGUUGUCGAUCUCCUGAUAAGGAGACCUUCAGCUGCUGGUGGGAGCCUGGAUCAACUGGUGGACUACCAACUACUCACCGUCUAUUUUACAGAAAAGAGAGAUCUGAAAAGGUCUUUGAAUGUCCAGACUACCACAGUGCAGGGAACAACUCGUGCUUCUUUGACAAAGCCCACACAUCUAUAUGGAUCUUUUAUAAUAUCACAGUCAUGGCCUCUAAUAGCUUUGGCAACACCUAUUCUGAGCCAGUAGAAGUGGACAUCAUGGAUAUCGUCCAGCCUUACUCGCCAGGAAACUUGACUUUGACUCUAAUGGAAAUGAAGGACAACCCAUAUUUUGUGGUGAAGUGGGAGGCCGCGCAUGACAUCGACACUCGUUCUGGCUGGGUUACUCUCAAAUAUGAAGUGCGUGUAAAACAGGAGCAUGGGGGCCAGCAGCAAGUCAGUUAUUGGGAGGUGUACAAUGUUGGUAAGCAAAAGGAACUGAGCAUCUUCAGUCCCAAACCUGGAGGAAAUUAUACUAUCCAAGUGCGCUGUAGACUAGACCAAGGCCUGUGGAGUGAGUGGACUCCUCCUGUGUUCAUCCAAAUACCAAACAACUCAGUAAAAGAGAAGCCAGUUUUGAUCUUCAUUAUUAUUAGUGCCUUAAUUGUGUUGGUAAUGGUUGGAAUACUAACAGCCAAAAGAAAACAUGUUAAGCAUUUCUUACUUCCCCCUGUUCCAGGACCAAAGAUCACAGGCUUUGAUAGGCACGUUUUAAAGACAGUAAAACCAGAAGAUAUAUUCAGUACCUGCAACUUCCAGAGCAUCCUCCCAGCACCAGAGUGUCCUGAUCAGGUGGAGUAUCUAAUGGUGCUUGACAGUGAGGAAGCCAGUGAGAAUCCUGGAAGUAAAGCCUGUCAGGACAAGUCACGACAAGUGACAGACCAGAAUACAUCCAAUCAGAAGACAUGGAAUAAGCUUAACAUCACUGAUCACAGUGAUCAAUGGAAAUUACCAGCACACAACUGUCAAGAUUCGGAUCCUGAAUCUACAGCUUUAAACACAUCCCAACACUCAAAUGUGACUCAGCAUAAACCUGACAUUUACCAAAAUGGCCCUUGUGUCAUAUCUCAUAAAAGCAUGGCAAGGAGCUCUCCGACCAGCUGUACAUGCAAUGUUGAGCAGAAUGUUGAGCAGAAUGAUGGACUGAUGGAGUAUGCUGAACAAAAGCAGAGAGCCGACUGUAAGCAGAUGCUCAUAAUAGAACAAGAGGAAGACUACAGUAAAGUCAGUGGGAUUUACCGAGAAACUGUCCUUGUGAUCCAAAAGGACAACAGCCCUGUUCAGAGACACAAAAAGACGAACAAUGAUAAUGAUCCAAGCAAAAAGAUCAAAAACGAAACCACUUCCUCAGCUAAAGACUCCACAGAUACUCAGGAAUACGUGGCUGCAUUGUAGGAUAUGUUUUGAACUGGGAAAUUUGAACUGAGAUUUGGCCCAUGAUCAAAAUUCUGGCUUUUUUCUUACUUAUAUCUCAGAAGUUCCAGCUGGUACAUCUCUGUGAAUGUUUCUGUGCAUUGUUAUUAGUAAUACAAAUAGUACUAAUACCUGUAUGUUGAUCAGACCUGCCACAGAUAAAAUUUGCUUUGUUAACAACA